UGAAAGUGAAAUGGGUUCACACAGAGCCGUGUUCCUCUCAGAUGUGAAGAUGGGAUUAAUAAUUUGUCUUUUUCUGUUAGGAGUUCUGUUCAUCUGUGACGGGCUCCAUGUUCUCGGCCCUUCUGAUCUUCUGAUUAUGGAGCUGGGGGGCUCAGUGAUGCUGCCCUGUUAUGUUGAAGCCCCCAUACCACUGGAAGAGCUGGAAGUGGAGUGGAAGAGAACAGACUCUGAAACUUUAGUGCAUUUGUUUCAAGAUGGAGAAAGUCAACCAGAGGCUCAGGACCAGGCUUACAGUGGAAGAGCCAGUUUCUUUACCGAGGAGGUCAAGCGUGGAAACUUCUCUCUCCUCCUUACAAAUCUGGUCAAUAAAGAUGCAGGAGUUUACAAGUGUACCAUUUACAGACAACAGGAUACUGGUCACACAUUGGUUGAAAUAAAGGAGAUUGAGCGUUUAAUUGUGACUGGAGGUCAUGUCGUAUCUGCAUCUGUGGGUGAGGACAUCACUAUGAAUUGCUCUGUAGACUCCCAUAUCCCACCUAAAGAGCUUGAAGAGGUCUCAUGGAAAAAAGUGGAUCAAGACAUUUUAUUGGUGAUCUUCCUAAACGGUGAGGUCCAGACAGAAUCAACCUCAGAGAGAUACAGAGACAGAAUUGAGUUCUUCAGCCCUGAAGAAAUCCAGAAAGGAAAUUUUUCACUUAGAUUAAAGGAUCUCCGAACUGAGGACAAAGGCCAUUACAUAUGUGAAGUAUUUGCUGGGGAGUUUUCAGCUAACACAGCUGUGGAAGUGCUGCAGCUGGGGCUUUCCAAUAUGCACAUAGGGAUAUUGUUUCUCUGUGUACUGGGAUUUGUAUUUCCAGUUUUACUAGGCUACAAAGCAUUUACUGCUAUAAAAUCAAAAGACAACAGCAGAACAGCGUUAGCUAUACAGUACACACUUGUUUUUUGUCCAAAUAUUAUUAUGUUCCUUGCCUUCAUCCUUUGGGGUGUGAUUGAGGGGUUGCCCACUGAAGCUGCUACUUGCAGUGCACUUAAUCUUCUAAGGAUUCUUUACCUACUUUGGCUUGCUCCCUAUUCUGUUAGAGGGAAACAGUGUCUUAUAAGAACAGCAGUUCUACUUGAAUAUAUAGUGAUAACUGGUAUUGCUUAUUCAGGUACGUAUACACACAAUCAUUAA